AUGACUCAACCAACCGCCCAUCGUCGUGCUCCUUCCUCUCCUCAUGCCCAUUCCUCCAAGCCCAAGACGAUCCGUCCUGUUCUGCACCGUCGUGGCACCUCGGGCGUCAGCCUCUCCAUCUCCAAACUGGGCGCGGGCUCCCAUACGAGAAGUGUGAACAGGGACGACGAGACCGAUCUGGAUAUGGCCGCCAGUUUUCUCAACUUCUGCGCCAUGUGCGAGAGACAGAUUACCAUCCCCAACAACUCCCUCCUAUAUUGCAGUGAACGCUGCCGCCGCAAAGACUCUUGCAAACCACUCUCCGCUUCUUUGCCUUCUAUGUCCAACAUGUCUACCAUGUCCUCGACCAUGACUCCUUCAUACACCACCGCUUCCUCCACUUCGAUCUCCUUCUCUACUUCUCCGCCCGCCUCUCCGCCUCUCUCCCCUCGCACCAUUGUGGCUCCCAUGACUCCCACUCGGAUGCCGUCCACCUCCCUCUCCUCCAUCCGGAUACCCACCGUCAGCCACGAUGGCAAGUCAGAUCUUGACCCCACCGAAUGGAAGCCCGUAGAACUCGCUGGGAACCGGGGCUCUUCGACCUCGCUUGCCUCUUCCGCCGCCUGGUCCUACCUCUCCCAGUUCCAUGGCCACCACCCCGCGGUCAUGCUGCCUCAGCGCCGCACCCACCGCAGCACCACCAGCCUGCCCGCCCUGGACGGCGGCGCCAGCCACACUCCGUCGCUAGUGAACACUCCCUCGUCCAUCGCCUCGUCCGUCAGCAGCACCGCCUCUGACUACCUGGCCAUGUAUGAGCCCUCCGUGCCGCGCCCGCUUCCACCCCGCCACAACCCGCUCUUCGCCGGCAGCGCUGCGACCAAGGAUGUGGCCUUGGUUGUGCCGCGCAUCGCCUCCACUGCCGAAGAGGUUGGCGUCGCCGAGCUGUCCGACAGCGGCUCCAUUUUCCCCGCCAGCAGCGCUGUCUGGGAAGACUGCGAAAAGACGGCUGCGCCGAUUCGCAUGGUCCGGAGCCUCGGUGUCGAGGUGAAGGCUUAG